AUGGAUACCUCCUCGGUCCCUCUGCUCAACUACGGCCUGCAGUACCAGUGGUGCUCCGACUCAGACAUCUCUAGCAUCUCCUCUCCAGAAACCCUCUCCCCUGUCCACUCUAUGGACUCCAGCCUGUCUCCUUCCUACCAGCAGCCUCCUCAGUCCAUCCCUAAAGCAGCUAAAACUGGAUAUUCUCAGAGCCUCAAAUCCUCGCCCUGCUCCCUGUCUGGACGUGGCCGGAAGUCGGGCCGAGCCACCCGGAUCCGCAGCAAACAGAGGGAGAGCGCCAGCGAGAAGGAGAAGCUGAGGAUGAGGGAUCUGACCAAGGCUCUGCAUCACCUCAGGUCCUACCUACCACCCUCGGUGGCCCCCGCCGGACAGACCCUGACAAAGAUUGAGACUCUCCGCCUGACUAUCCGCUACAUCUCCUACCUGUCAGCCCAACUGGGCCUCAGUGAGGAGGUCCUGUUUCAGCGGAGGGAGCAAGGAGACACCUCGGCCAGUGACGCAUCCUCACCUGACAUCCUCAGUUACUUCCAGCACGGCUCCAUGGGAGGUCAGGAGGCCCAUCUCCAGAACCAGAACCUGACCCAAAGCCUGUACCCAUCCCAGUGUCACAGCCAGAGCGCCAUGCUGCACUCUGGGAGCUGUAGUUUUGGAGUGGAUCAGUACAAUAGACAGUACAGUGAAGCUCCUUUGGGAGAUAUCAGCAUGGAUACCAUCCUGCAGUCACCUCCAACAACACAGCCCUCCUGUCAGAUGUGUGGCAAAGACUUCUGCAUCCCGUUGACUCCAAGAGAGUAUUGGGGUUAA